AUGCAGCUAGAGACGGUAGUAGAGACAAAUGCUGAUCCUGAAGAAAAUCUCCUGUUCUACCUGAGGAAAACCCUCUAUCUCACGGGCACGAAAUAUGCUUGCGGAGGAGGGGGCUGUGGUGCCUGCACAGUGAUGUUGUCAAGAUACGACUCCAAAACCAAGAAGAUCCAUCAUUCUCCAGCUACAGCUUGCCUGGUGCCUGUCUGCUCUCUGCAUGGAACUGCUGUCACUACAGUAGAAGGUGUCGGAAGUAUCAAGACCCGGGUUCACCCUGUGCAAGAAAGACUUGCCAAGUGUCAUGGUACCCAGUGUGGAUUCUGCAGCCCAGGGAUGGUAAUGUCCAUCUAUACACUACUGAGGAACCAUCCGGAGCCAACCCCUGCGCAAAUAACUGAAGCACUGGGAGGUAAUUUGUGCCGCUGUACUGGAUAUCGACCCAUUGUAGAAAGUGGAACAACUUUCAGUGCGAAAUCAACUGUUUGUCAACUGAAAGGAACUGGAAAAUGCUGCAUGGACCAAGAAGAGAGAUCUUUUGUGGAUAAACCAAGAAAAAUAUGCACAAAACUGUACAAUGAAGAUGAAUUCCAGCCCUUUGAUCCAUCCCAGGAGCCUAUAUUCCCUCCUGAGCUGAUAAGAAUGGCAGAAGAUCCAAACAAGAGAAGAUUGACAUUCCAAGGGAAGAGGAACACCUGGAUCAUUCCCGCCUCCCUGGAUGAUGUUCUGGAACUGAAAGCCAAUUUCCCCAAAGCUCCUCUCGUCAUGGGUAACACUGUAGUGGGACCCAGCAUAAAAGUCAAUGAUGCAUAUUAUCCAGUUUUCAUAUAUCCACGUGGGCUUCCAGAAUUACACUUUGUGGACACCACAGAUGAUGGGGUAACAAUAGGUGCAGGAUACAGCCUGGCUCAGUUAAAAGAUGCUUUACUCUUCACGGUUUCGGAGCAACCACAGGAGAAGACGAAGACGUUCCAUGCGCUCCUGAAGCAUCUGAGGACACUUGCGGGACCCCAGAUUAGGAACAUGGCGACUUUAGGAGGACAUGUGGUGAGCAGGCCUAAUUUUUCUGACCUAAAUCCCAUUUUAGCGGCAGGAAAUGCUAUCAUCAAUCUGAGGUCCAAAGAAGGAGAACGGAAGAUUCCUAUAAAUGGCGAUUUCCUUGAGAAAUCACCUGAAGCUGACCUUAAACCAGAGGAGAUUGUGUUAUCUGUCUAUAUUCCCUACUCUACUCAGUGGGAUUUUGUGUGGGGACUCCGGCAGGCCCAACGUCAGGAGAAUGACUUUGCCAUUGUUAAUGCCGGGAUGAGUGUGAAGUUUGAAGACGGCACAAACACCAUCAAGGACCUUAAAAUGUUCUUCGGAAGCGUGGCCCCUACCCAGGUCUCUGCAACUCAAACUUGUAAGCAGCUCAUUGGGAGACAAUGGGAUGACCACAUGCUGAGUGACGCCUGCCGAUUGGUCCUGGAAGAUAUUUACAUUCCCCCUGAUGCAAAAGGUGGGAUGGUGGAAUAUAGGCGAACCCUCAUCAUCAGCUUACUCUUCAAAUUUUACCUCAAAGUGCAGCGAGGACUGAACAAAAUAGAUCCCCAGAAGUUUCCUAAUAUCCCAGAAAAAUUCAUGAGUGUGCUUGAAGAUUUUCCCAUUGAGACACCACAAGGGCUUCAGAUGUUUGAGUGUGUGAACCCUUACCAACUCCCACAAGAUCCGGUUGGCCGCCCAGUCAUGCACCAGUCAGCCAUAAAACACACUACAGGGGAAGCUGUCUUCUGUGAUGACAUGCCCUCCAUUGCCCAGGAACUCUUUCUGGCUCCAGUCACCAGCACCAGAGCGCAUGCAAAAAUCAUGUCAAUUGACACUUCACAAGCCCUGGCGAUUCCAGGUGUUGUUGAUGUGAUAACAGCAGAGGAUGUUCCGGGAGAUAAUAACCAUCUGGGAGAGAUUCUCUAUGCACAGGAUAAGGUCAUUUGCGUGGGUCAGAUUGUCUGUACUGUGGCUGCCGAUACCUAUGCUCAUGCAAAAGAGGCAGCUCAAAAAGUGAAGAUUGCUUAUGAGGACAUAGAACCAAGGAUUAUAACAAUUGAGCAAGCCCUACAGCACAAUUCGUUUCUUUCUGUUGAGAAAAAAAUUGAGCAAGGAAAUGUAGAACUAGCCUUCAGUAACGUGGAUCAAAUCAUUGAAGGUGUGGUCCACGUGGAAGGACAGGAACAUUUUUACAUGGAAACACAAACUAUCCUGGCUAUUCCAAAACACGAAGAUAAAGAAAUGGUAUUACACCUUGGGACGCAGUAUCCAACGCAUGUGCAGGAAUUUGUGGCUGCAGCACUAAACAUCCCAAGGAAUAGAAUUGCCUGCCACAUGAAGCGAGCUGGUGGAGCAUUUGGGGGAAAAGUGACCAAGCCCGCGCUGCUGGGAGCCAUCUGCGCCGUGGCCGCCUACAAGACUGGCUGCCCGGUCCAGUUUUUGCUAGAGCGCGAUUCUGACAUGCUGAUAACUGCGGGCCGCCAUCCACUCUACGGAAAAUACAAAAUUGGAUUCAUGAACAAUGGUGAGAUCAAAGCUGCUGAUGUUGAAUAUUACGUCAAUGGCGGAUGCACGCCUGAUGAGUCUGAGAUGGUGGUGGAAUUCCUUGUGCUGAAAUCUGAAAAUGCAUAUCAUAUUCCUAAUUUCCGGUGCCGGGGUAGACCUUGCAAAACAAAUUUGCCAUCCAACACUUCCUUUAGAGGAUUUGGCUUCCCCCAGGCUACAGUGGUAGCUGAAACUUACAUAACUGCAGUGGCAUCCCAAUGUAACUUACUCCCUGAAGAGGUGAAAGAAAUAAAUAUGUAUAAGACAAUUAGCAAAACAGCCUAUAAGCAAACAUUUAAUCCAGAGCCCUUGCGAAAAUGUUGGAAAGAAUGUCUGGAGAAAUCAUCAUUUUAUGCUAGGAAAGUGGAAGCAGAGGAAUUUAACAAAAAGAAUUACUGGAAGAAGAGAGGGCUUGCUACAGUGCCCAUGAAAUUUUCCAUUGCCACCCCCAAGGCCUAUCAGAACCAGGCUGCCGCUCUAGUCCACAUCUAUCUAGAUGGCUCUGUCUUGGUUGCUCAUGGUGGCUGCGAAAUAGGACAAGGCCUUUACACCAAAAUGAUUCAGGUGGCUAGUCGAGAACUGAACAUCCCACGGUCAUACAUACACACAUGUGAAACCAAUACAGCCACUGUGCCCAAUGCCUCAUUCACAGCAGGGUCGAUGGGGACAGACAUCAAUGGGAAAGCCGUGCAGAAUGCCUGCCAAAUUCUUAUGAGCCGCCUUCAACCUGUCAUCAGGAGAAACCCUAAGGGGAAAUGGGAAGACUGGAUUCAAACAGCCUUCCAAGAAUCCAUCAGUCUCUCAGCUACUGGAUAUUUCAAAGGCUAUCAGACGAAUAUGGACUGGGAGAAGGAGGAAGGUGAUGCCUUUCCAUAUUACGUCUAUGGAGCAGCCUGCUCUGAGGUUGAAGUUGACUGCCUGACUGGAGCUCAUAAGCUCCUGAGGACGGAUAUCUUCAUAGAUGCAGCUUUCAGCAUAAACCCCGCCAUAGACAUUGGGCAGAUCGAGGGAGGAUUUGUCCAAGGUAUGGGACUCUAUACCAUAGAAGAACUGAAAUACUCCCCAGAUGGUGUGCUUUAUUCUCGGGGUCCAGAUGACUACAAAAUUCCCACUGUCACUGAGAUUCCAGAAGAGAUUUAUGUCACGUUGGUGCGUUCCCGAAACCCUAUAGCCAUUUACUCAUCCAAGGGUUUGGGUGAAGCUGGCAUGUUCCUGGGAAGCUCUGUGUUGUUUGCCAUAAAUGAUGCGGUGACUGCUGCCCGUAGAGAGAGAGGACUGACCAAGACCUUCACCCUGAAUAGCCCAGCAACUCCUGAGACAAUUCGGAUGUCCUGUGUGGAUCAGUUUACUGACAUGAUUCCCAAAGAUGACCCUUCAACAUUUACACCUUGGUCAAUCCGUGUGUCUUAA